UUAAACGUUUCCUACCCGAUCCGCGAAAUUUCCGACGAACAACGAAAAAUAUAAACGGAAGCCCGAGUGUCUAGUGCGUCUUAUCGAUGCUGCCUGUCAUGCCAGCGUUCUCGCUCUGCUAUUUCGUUCUAUUUGUAAACACCUCGUUUGACAAUCGCGCGUAAACAAAGAAAAUGGAGUUUAUUAUGAAUAUUUUGUUGCAUUAUUAUGUAAUUGUUGACAACUAUCGCCACUUUGUUGAAGCUUUUAGAGGGAGAUAGUCGAUUGCCAGACUGAUUAUUAAGCAGAAAUAGAUACAUAGUUGCAAUAACAUCAUAAAUAUGAAUAGAACUUGGAAUGAAAUGUGUGGAACCUCGUUAGGUGCUUGUUUAUGCGUGCUUAAUGUAAAGUAACACGCGAAUGGUAUGCAUUUUUCUCAGUCUGUGUCAAUAAUUCAAUCCCAAGUGGGCAUUAUACGGGGAGUACAAGUACUUUAUAGCGAUAGUAAUCCUUUAGAUGUAGAUUUAGUAAUAAACUUACCUCACGAUGGUGUACGGCUUAUAUUUGACCCUGUGGUGCAAAGGCUCAAGAUAAUUGAAAUAUAUAAUAUGAAAUUAGUCAAACUUAAGUACUGCGGUUUGCCAUUCAAUUCACCAGAGGUUUUGCCAUCGAUCGAACAGAUUGAACACUCCUUUGGAGCAACACAUCCUGGUGUUUAUGAUAGUGACAAACAGGUGUUUGUUCUAAAUUUUCGAGGAUUAUCAUUUUACUUCCCCAUUGACUCUAAGUUCCAACCUGGGUAUGCUCAUGGUUUAGGGUCACUGCAAUUUCCAAAUGGAACUUCGCCGCUUGUAGCAAAAACAGCCAUCUAUGUCGGUAAUAUGGCUGGUGGAAGCGGAAGCGACGAACAUAAUUUAAAGGCACCACCGCCACCUCUACCGCUCGUCUGCUAUCACAAUAACUUGUAUUUGGAGAAGGCAGAUGUUUUGCGUGACAAAGCACGUACUCGAGGUCUCAGAUUGCAUCUUUUCACAGAAGGUAGCUCUGUAACAAGGGUACUACUGGAGCCGAAGAAACGCUGCUUAACCAAAGAGGUGUUAUUUGGCGAUACGUGCGAAGAUGUGUUGAGCGCCUUGGGGGCACCUUCUCGAGUGUUUUUCAAAGCCGAGGACAAGAUGCGUAUUCACAGUCCUCACGCGCACAAACGUGAUAAAAUAAGGCGAUCGGAUUUCUUCUAUAAUUAUUUCAGUUUAGGAUUGGACGUUUUAUUCGAUGCCAAAACCCAAUGUGUUAAGAAAUUUGUGUUACACACAAAUUAUCCAGGGCAUUAUAAUUUUAAUAUGUAUCAUCGUUGCGAAUUCUCUUUAUCUUUGCCGCCCGAAAAUAAUUCCAGUGAAUCGGCAAAACUCAUAGAUGUUUCCCCUUCUCCAGUUAUGAUCACUGCCUAUACAAAAUGGGAUAGAAUAAGCGAGCAACUGAAGGCGAGUGCACGACCAGUGGUCUUGAACCGUGCGUCUUCGACGAACACGACAAAUCCAUUUGGUUGCACGUUUUGUUAUGGUAUACGCGACGCGAUCGUCGAGGUCAUGGCAAAUCAACACAUUGCGAGUGUAACUUUAUACAGAGCGGCGUGACCUUGAUAAUCACAUACUAUGGUGCAUUAUAGAGCGCUCGUUAAUGAGCAGAUAAAGGAAUGGCAUUAGAAAGAUUAAAAAAAAAAAAAAGAAAAUGGGCAAGUUUCAAUGUUGGCAAUUACAUAAUAACAUUCGUUCGAAAGGCUGUACGAUCGAGAACAGAAGUGUCAAGAGUAAUGCAUGUAAAAACACUGACGGAGUUCUUUUUAACGCUAAUGUAACCUGAAACUGUGAGGAUGUUAGGUAAAAUAACGUGCGAUUACCGAGAAGGCGAUGUGGUGUGAGACUCAGAAACCAAGCGAUAUCAUUUUGAAUAUCACAUAUUGUUGCUUAUAACAUUUUACAUUUUUCCUUGGAGUUAUCUAUCAAGGAAGUCAAAUAGAAAAAAAAACGAAAAAAAAAUAUGAAAAACGCAAAAAGAAAUCAACUAAGGGGUACAAGUGUCUGCAAUAUUCGAUAAUAUCAUCUUUAAUAUACCGUUUUUAUCAUUUGAUUAUAAGUUUUAAAUAUAGUAAAUAAAAAAAAAAUGGUUUUGUGUGAGCAAUCAAUACUACGAUAUCUGAGCUCGAUAAAAAAAAAAAUAGUUCCAGAGGAUAAUAAGAAUUUUGAUAGAUGAUGAUAAACCUACAGUGAUUAUAACAAUAACGAUUAAUAACCGUAAAAUAUAAUAAUGUGCUUAGUGCAAGUAAAAGAAAUAUCUAACUUUCGUAAACCAAAAUUUUGUAACCGGUGUUUCGGACAACAGAUAACGAACAAACAAUGAAUGGAGCAAAAAUAAUGUUUGGAUGUAGAAAUCACACGGCGCAAUAGGCACGAUACACGUACGAAUGACGUUGCCCAUUCAAUCUGUAUAGAAUUGAACGUAAAAAUAUGAAUUAUAGUAUCCUAAAUGUACCUUACAUUAAUUUCUUAAUAAAAAUAGUAAUGGAUUCUCUUUUGAAACAAAAAGUACUCGGACAACGGAACAGUCUACGGAGGAAAACAUAAAUAUGUUUGUUUGUACAAGAGGAAGAUGGCCUGCUUUUUACACUUCCAUCUAUUAAACUCUGACCAUUGUGAUACGCCAGAUUAUAAGGCCCAUUAAUUAUAUCGAUUACUUGUUUGCAUUAACACACAAAAAAAUGAUAUUUAGUUAAUAAUAUACUUUCUUAUAUUUCUCUCUGUGCCGUUAGGUAAUAUCGCGGUAUAAAUAUAUGCGCAGAAUCCGAUUAGUCGUUAAUGUUUUAGUAUUUAAAUGUAACAUUGAAUUCCUCUAUAAACCUGCUGGAAAGCAGCUACUCACGGAAAGUUUCUUUUUCUACAAAUUUGAAUUCACUUCGAUGUUAAAUUGCACAAUCGUAUACCCUAUUCCGAACUGUUCUCAUUAAUUAUAGGGUAUUAAAAAAAAAAAGUAUGUUUUAUGUAAUGUAUAAACUUCGAUAGUUGAUAAAUUACAAUGAUUAUAAGAUCUGUAAUGAAUAAUAAUCGUAAAAUAUAAUAACGAUUACCGUUGAAUGGA